AUGGCCCUCCCCCUGACUGAGUGGAAGAAGGUCGGUGAAGAUAUUGACCCAGAGCUGAAGAUCCUCGACUUGAGCAUUCCGGCACGGCUCGUGCCCGGCAAGGAGCAAGACUCCUUUGAGGUGGUCUGGGAGUUCCUGGCCAGCGGCGAUGGUCGUCCCGAAGAUUGGCAGCCCAUGGGAAAAGAAAUGCAGAGGAUCCUCGAGGAGCACUGGGCCGGUGGCUGGACGGGCACUUUCCACAUCAAGACGAAGGAGUUGGCCUACGGAAUCGACUGCGCUGGCAUGGUGCAAUGGAACCUCAGCACACAGCGCCGGCGACCCAUCAGGAGGCAGCACAAAGCGACCACCGCAAUUCUGCCAAAACUGCUCGGAAGGCAGAAGAGGCUCCAAUGUGAUGUUGAGACUCAUUCUGCUGAGAGUGCAAAGUUGGCCUUGAGGGUGGCAGAGUUGGAGAAGGAGCUGGAAAGGUUGAAAUCUUUCCAGGCGGAGCAUAGCAGUCAGAUGAUGCUUCAGGAGCCCUGGCGCAAAAGUCGCCAACUGGACAUGAGCAUCAGAUUGCAGCUUCCAGUCGGAGACGGGCUCUUCUCGGUCUUAGAAGCAGCGCUUCGUUCGGCUUGCCCCAGCGAUCAUUAUGGCGUUUGUGAGCCCAUCCGUCACCUGAGGGUCACCGGACUGGAGCAGAUUCGAAAUCUGCGGCUUUGGAAGAACUACGAGUUCCGGAAAGACCAGAUUCGGAAGGAGUUGGAGGGAACUUGGCUGACACCGGUGAAAAGCGGCUUUUCUGCCUGCAAUUGGGCGGACCUGGAUCCUGCCGUCAACGAAAUCAUGGUGCUCCACGGCACCUCCCCGGACAACAUCGACCUCAUUGCCAACUUCGGAUUCGAUGAGAGGUUAGCCCGGCCCAAAGGGCUCUACGGACAAGGUAUCUACUUCACGGAUCAGAGUUGCAAAGCAUUCCAGUACUCCGGGGCAGAUGGCGCAUGUCACGGGUGCAUGAUCAUCACCCGCCUCCUGCUCGGCCUCCCCGACUUCGCCCGAGGCUCCUUGCAGGGGAUCAAGGUAGAACCACUCAUUGACCCUUUGGACCCAUCCAAGGGACGAGUGCACUCCGUCGUAGCGGCACCAGGCACACCUAUCAACCUUGGUUCGACGCAAGUCCAUCAAGAGUAUAUAAUCUUUAACGGAGCACAAGCAUAUCCGGAGAUGAUCGUUCACUUCCAAACAUGA